AUGGUGCACAUGCGCUUUCUACAGCUUUCUUCCCUGACUCUCAGGGCAUUGGAACUCGCCUCGGCCGUCGUCGUCGUCGGCAUCACUGGCUUCUUCCUGGCCGAGUCGGAUGCUGGCGCCUGGAACAACGGCCGCCUCAUCUACACCGAAGUGGUGGGCGCAGUCUCCCUCGUCAGCAUUCUCCUCGUCCUCGUGUCCCGCCUCGAACCCUUUUUCCAGAUUUUCCUCGACAUACUGCUGUCCUUUUUGUGGUGGUCCGUGUCUGGCCUGCUCCUUACCCUGAGGGAGUUCCCGUGCGAUUGGGUGUUUGAGUGGAUGAAUGUUGCUCCCUUUGACGAGCAGUGCGGCAAGUUCACCGCCGAGGUCGCCUUUGCCGUCGUCUCUGCCACCUUGUACCUGGCAUCAGGGAUGUUGAAUGCUCUGAUGGAGAGACAUCUGUUCCGCCAGCAAGUGAGCGACGUGCGCAGUCAUUAUCUGAAGAGAGAGAUGCGUCAAAGCCAGACCGACAGCCAGGUUUGA